UCUGAUCGGACAAUGACAAGACACUUUUUCUCAGAAAUUUGUAGUUUCUCUGUUUUUAAAGGAGAUUUAAUAUUUUUCUUCUAUACGAUGGCCGCCACAGAUUGAACUAGACGAAUUGAGCUGUUUUGACUUUAAUAUCAUCUCUAAAACUUUAUAAAUUACUUUUCAAAAUGGCCAAGAAGCUGCAUUUUAAUUUUCUUAACUUAAAACAGCUUAAGAAUCAAUUUCUAUUGACUACUGCACUUCUUAUUCUAAUAUUGGUUUUCAGUCAUCAUCAGUUAGUUCUUGUCCCUCUCCCUACUGGAUUCGUUAUGGUGAAUAACCCAACAAACUGUUCUUUAAUAAAUAAGUUUAACCUGGAUAAAGAUAUGAAGACAGUAAUGCUCUUGUCAAAUCCUAAAAGUGAAUCUGCAUCUAAAGGAAAACUUGUUUACAGACCCUACCUGAACUGCUUAGGCCAGGAGGAUGACCAUCUAGCGAAGAAAAUCAGGAAGAAUAUAUCUGGCAAAGAUUAUAUAGAUGCUGCAAGCUCAUUAAUUUUUGUGAAUUAUCUUAAAUGAGACAAUUACACAAAAAAUACUCCAAUCUAAAAGGCCAAAUUUUUGCUGAAUUACGGUACGACUUUAUUACUUUGUUGCUCAUCUAGUUUUUAUAUUACUUAUUUAUGAUCUGAAACAAUGCUAUUUUGACCUAUCAUAAUAAUCUGUAAAAUGAGGUCUCCGAACACCAAGCCUAGGGUUUAUCUUGGGCUGAAGGUAAAUGAACAUGAUAAUGUGGAGAUGCAGCAGAUGGAACAAGUUAGGGAUAUAGUCGAGCUAGUUUACAAGAACAAUGUUCCAAGAAAUGGAUUUUUUGUUGAGUCGGGUUCAAACAACGCAAUCGAUUCUGUUUCUUUAGAAUUUGAAGUACGUUACAACUGGACUGGUGUCCUCAUAGAAGCAGACAUUUGGCUCUUUCAGAAAGGCCUCACAGUCAACAGAAAGGCAUUCCAGAUUCACACAUGCUUAGCAGUUGAGAAAAAUCCACAUUUUGCUAUGUUCGAUAUGCUCUCAGCAGUCAGGUAACCCCGUGAUAAAUCUUCUAAUCCUGGAUUUUGAAGGAGCGGAACAGUUGAUUUUAGAAACACUGCCUUGGGAGAAGGCUUCUAUUCGUGUCCUUAUAGAAUCUAAAGGCUACAAAAGAUUUCCACAUCGAGGAGCAAGAAAUCCUUUAACUGGACGCGAACAAAAUGAUUUGUUUAUCAGAGAAGAUAUUGUUCAAAAAUAUAAUGUAAUUGGAUAUUCAUCAAAACUAUAAUGUAAUUGGAUAUUCAGCAAAACUAUAUAAUGUAAUUAGAUAUUCAUCAAAACUAUAAUGUAAUUGGAUAUUCAGCAAAACUAUAGUGUAAUUGGAUAUUCAGCAAAACUAUAAUGUAAUUGGAUAUUCAGCAAAACUAUAAGGUAAUUGGAUAUUCAUCAAAACUUUGAUGUGAUUGGAUAUUCAUCAAAAUUAUAAUGUGAUUGGAUAUACAUCAAAACUAUAAUGUGAUUGGAUAUUUAUCAAAAUUAUUAUGUAAUUGGAUAUUCAUCAAAACUAUAAUGUGAUUGGAUAUUCAUCAAAAUUAUAAUGAAAUUGGAUAUUCAUCAAAACUAUAAUGUGAUUAGAUAUUCAU